AUGUCCUUCAGAGAAAUAAGAAACUUCGUCGAACACAUGAGGGCGUUGGAAUACCCCGGCUCCAUCUCUCUGGAGAGCUUCAGGCGGCCCAACUUCCCUCUGAUGGCCGACGUCCUCAGAUUCCUCGUCAAGAGCUUUGAGCCUCACAUGAACCUUCCCAUCGACGUGGCCACGGAGGCCUCCAGGGUGACCUUCAUCCGAGCUGUGGCCCAGUUCAUGGUGACGAGGGCUCAGGUGAAACUGAACCUGAAGCACCUGUACCAGGCCGACGGCUGCGCACUGAGAGAGAUGCUGAAGAUCAGCUCUCAGCUGUACCAGGAUCUGAACCAGGAUCUGAACCAGGAUCUGAACCAGGAGCACGUGACCCCGGACCACCGAGUCACGGUGGACGACAGCGAGUUCGAGUUCGACCGCGGCUCGUGGAUGUCUGAUCUGAGAGCAGCUCGACAGCUGACGUCCGAGGUCACGGCCUCAGGAGCAUCUCUGUGUGGUCUGCUGGGGGAAGAGGUGGCCCUCAGGGUGAGGAAGCACAGACACAACAACUGA